AUGACUGAAACUAGUGCGUGGGCCCUCCGGCUGAGGAGACAGCUGGAAUACAACAACUUCAAUGCAGAGCAGUAUGUGAAGGGCUUGUCGCAGCAGUCAGAUGGAGAUCGGGACUUACAGGAGCACCGGCAGCGCAUACAGAGCCUGGCUGAUGAGACGGCACAGAGCCUCAAGCGCAAUGUCUACCAGAAUUACCGGCAGUUCAUUGAAACCGCCCGGGAGAUCAGUUACCUGGAGGGAGAGAUGUACCAACUAAGUCACAUCCUGACCGAGCAGAAAGGCAUCAUGGAGAGUGUGGCCCAGACGCUGCUACAUACUGACCGCACCGAGGCCGCCCGGGAGCUGCAGGCAGCUUUCCACAAGGAGGCUGAGGAGGGGAAAGUCAGGAACCUGACAACGCUGCUGGAGAAGGUGGAGGGCUGCAAGAACCUGCUGGAGACUCCAGGGAGGUACUUGGUAUAUAAUGGAGACCUGACCGAGUUUGAUGUGGACAGCAUGACCCUUAUACAGAAGGUUCAUGCAUUUUUGAUGAAUGACUGCUUGCUUAUUGCUACUGCAUUACCAAAUCGCAGAGGCAUGUACAAAUAUAAUGCACUGCAUAACUUGGAUGACCUCGCUGUAGUGAAUGUAAAGGAAAAUCCACCUAUGAAAGAUAUGUUCAAGAUACUUAUGUUUCCUGAAAGUCGAAUUUUUCAGGCAGAGAAUGCAAAAAUCAAGAAAGAGUGGCUUGAAGUUUUGGAAGAGACAAAAAAGAACAAAGUUUUAAAUGAUAAGCGUAAAAAAGAAGAAGCUGUCAUGGUUACUCCUGCUGUUGCAGAAGUGUCAACUAACCCAUUUUUGAAUGAGGAAAAGCAAGAUGAAGAGGAGGAGGAGGAGGAAGAGGUUGAUCUUUCUUUAGAGUGGAUUCAAGAGCUUCCUGAAGAUUUGGAUGUCUGCAUAGCCCAGAGGAAUUUUGAAGGGGCAGUUGAUUUGCUGGAUACAUUGAAUAAUUACUUGCAAGAUAAACCUUCGACCCAUGCUGUGCAGGAAUUAAGAGGAAAAAUAGAUAUGCGUGUUCGACAAUUAACUGAUGUUUUGGUGUUUGAACUUUCCCCUGACAGGUCUUUAAGAGGAGGUCCUAAGGCAACCCGUAGAGCGGUUUCUCAGCUUAUACGUUUGGGUCAGUCUACCAAGGCAUGUGAGCUUUUCUUAAAGAACAGAGCUGUGGCUGUGCAAACUGCUAUACGUCAGUUGAGAAUUGAAGGUGCAACAAUACUUUAUAUUCAUAAAUUGUGUAAUGUUUUUUUCACUAGUUUACUAGAGACAGCCAAAGAGUUUGAGAUGGACUUUGCUGGCAACAGUGGUUGUUACUCUGCCUUCAUUGUAUGGUCCCGUUCUUCCUUGAAGAUGUUUGUUGAUGCUUUUACUAAACAGGUCUUUGAUAGUAAGGAAAGUCUUGCCACUGCAGCAGAGUGUGUGAAAGUUGCCAAGGAGCACUGUAAGCAGCUUGGUGAAAUAGGUCUAGACCUUACAUUCAUACUUCAUACUUUUCUAGUGAAAGACAUAAAGGCUGCUUUGCAGAGUAACAAGGAUAUUAUCAUUGAGGCCACCAAGCACCGUAAUUCCGAAGAAAUGUGGAGGAAAAUGAACCUGAUGACCCCAGAGGCUUUGGGGAAGUUAAAAGAAGAAAUGAGAAACUGUGGAGUAAGCAGUUUUGACCAAUACACAGGCGAAGAUUGUUGGGUCAACUUAAGUUACACAGUUGUGGCUUUCACCAAACAAAUCAUGGCCUUUUUAGAAGAAGCCCUUAAACUGUACUUUCCUGAGCUGCAUAUGGUUCUCCUGGAAAGUUUGAUGGAAAUCAUAUUGGUGGCUGUUCAACAUGUAGACUACAGUCUAAGAUGUGAACAAGAAUCCGAAAAGAAAAAUUUCAUCAGACAAAAUGCAUCCUUUUUAUAUGACACUGUGCUGCUUGUUGUUGAAAAGCGAUUUGAAGAGGGCGUUGGAAAACCAGCCAAACAAUUGCAGGAUCUUAGAAAUGCCUCUAGAUUGGUCCGCGUUAAUCCUGGCACCACAUCAGUGGUUUAA